ACAGUCCCAGAGUUCCUGGCGGCCGGCGCGGAAGCCGGCGGCGGCCCUCGGGGCCGACAGCAGGGGCGAGGGCAGGGGCUGGUGGCGGAGCCCGGCGCUGUCCAGCAGCCGGCAUCCUCUGGAAGAGCGGGCCCGGGCUCUAGGGAAUUUCCCCGCGGGAGGACUGCCGGCGUGCUCUCCCACUGGGCUUUGAAUGGGCCAGGCGGCGCCCCACCCGACAGCCGCAGCUUGCGUUGCGUCUUGCUCUGCGCGAGGCCUCUGCGUGUCACUGUCGUGUAGCCCGAGAUGGGGAGAGUGAAGCUUUGGGUGUGGAGUGAUUGUUUGAACUCUGGUGGCUGGAUUGUGUGGGAACCGGUGCUCUGAGAGGCCGGUAAGGAUCCUGAAGGCACGGUGGCAGUCCACGGGCCGCUGGCCACCCCCCAGAUACACAGCAGGUGCUCACCUCGUUCCCAGUACUGCAGUGCGCGACGCGAAACGUCACGGCAGCUCCGACACCCAGCGGAGUACCCACGAGCCGCUGCUGCAGGCUGUGAAAGUGUCAGGGUUUCAGAGGAAGAAUUGUGUUCAGCUGGGGGGGAAAUUUUGUAAAAGCAAUUCCUGCUGGACUGGGAUUUUGACAUGCAGAGACAAGGAGGCCUGGCGUGCCAACCUAGGAUGUCAGGAGCAAUGUCUCAGAGAUGAGAAACCGUGUGAAUAGGCAGCACCAGGAGUUCCCCCUGGAGAGAGAAUGUGAAGAAGAACUGGGGAAAGAGGAGGCUGAGGCAAGACCAUGGAAGGGCUCAGCCCAGGCGAUGCUGACUUGGUUCCCCAAGUGGUAGGAAGGAAGGAGAUGGAGGCAGAUGAAGGAAAAGAUGGGAGGCAGCAAGGCCAGAGGCUGUUAGAAUUUGAACCUUGCUGCAUGUGCUUCCUAGACCCAAGGAGACAUGCUCAUUCAGUCCAUCUACAAACGUCCUGCAUUAUGAAGUUGUUCCGUUAGCUGCCCAAGCCCUGCACUACCAGCACCUGUCUUUCAGCUGGGACGGUGUCGGAGCGUGAAGGAGUUUGAGAAGCUGAACCGUAUCGGGGAAGGCACCUACGGCAUUGUGUAUCGGGCCCGGGACACCCAGACGGACGAGAUUGUCGCCCUGAAGAAGGUGCGGAUGGACAAGGAGAAGGAUGGGGUCCCCAUCAGCAGCCUUCGAGAGAUCACACUGCUCCUUCGCCUUCGCCAUCCGAAUAUCGUGGAGCUGAAGGAAGUCGUUGUGGGGAACCACCUGGAGAGCAUCUUUCUGGUGAUGGGUUAUUGUGAGCAAGAUCUGGCCAGCCUUCUGGAGAACAUGCCAACACCCUUCUCUGAGGCCCAGGUCAAGUGCAUUGUGCUGCAAGUGCUCCGAGGCCUUCAAUACUUGCACCAGAACUUCAUCAUCCACAGGGACCUGAAGGUGUCCAACUUGCUCAUGACCGAUAAGGGCUGUGUGAAGACAGCGGAUUUCGGGCUGGCCCGGGCUUAUGGCAUCCCAGUGAAGCCCAUGACCCCCAAGGUGGUCACACUCUGGUACCGAGCCCCCGAACUGCUUUUGGGAACCACCACGCAGACCACCAGCAUAGACAUGUGGGCCAUGGGCUGCAUCCUGGCCGAGCUGCUGGCCCACAAGCCCCUUCUCCCUGGCACGUCCGAGAUCCACCAGGUGGACCUGAUUGUGCAGCUGCUGGGGACGCCCAGUGAGAACAUCUGGCCAGGCUUCUCCAGGCUGCCGCUGGUGGGUCAGUACAGCCUGAGGAAGCAGCCGUACAACAACCUCAAACACAAGUUCCCGUGGCUCUCGGAGGCUGGCCUGCGCCUGCUGAACUUCCUCUUCAUGUACGACCCCAAGAAAAGGGCAACGGCCAGAGAUGGCCUGGAGAGCUCGUACUUCAAGGAGAAGCCCCUGCCCUGUGAGCCGGAGCUCAUGCCCACCUUCCCCCACCACCGCAACAAGCGGGCCGUCCCAGCCACGUCUGAGGCCCAGGGCAAGCGCUGUAAGCCCUGACAGCCCCUCCACCGGGCUGGCACAUCUGCAACGGACAGCAACGGAAUGGGGAGGCCUCUGCAGUCCAGGCUCACGGCGCUGCUGGGACCCAGCUCCUCCUUCGGCGGAGACCUACCCGCUGCUCCAGCUGAUCACACCCCUUCCCCAGAAGAGCGGGGAGUGGGCAUGGGGGUGAUGCAGGGUGGGUGCACCCUGAAGGGGUGGGACCUCAUUCAGGACACCUGUUGCCGCGCCCUCAGCUGGUAAAAGCUCGGGACCCUCCCUUCCCAGGAGGAAACACCUGCUGGGCCCAAUUCAGUGGGUGUUGCUGGCUUGGGAUGCAUAGACCCCACAUGGUGGCUUGUGCUCCCUCCUGAUCACCAGGGUCUGUCUAGGGCAGGGAGAGGCGCACCCCCCCUCCCCCCCCACCGGCAGGGUUGGUACACUCAGAAUGGGAAGGAGAGGUCGGGUGUGGGUCACAUCCCACCUGAGGGACUGGGGUCUGAGCCCUGUCGCUGACCCACACUGAGGCACAGAGGGGAAGGGGCAUGAGUCAGAGAGAUAAAAGGUUUUCUAACAGGUAUGAGUAGGUUCAGUGUCCUUUAAUGAACUUUAAUAUUCUGAUUCAUGGGA